CCACACGUUUCACUUCAGAUGGGGAGAGAUGGCUCCUACUCUGGAGGAUGUGUCACUUUUGCUCGGACUACCGUUGGCAGGUCAUGCCGUAGGACCGUUGGACGCACCGGCUGGUUGGGAGCGAGCUCUUACAGAACGUUUUCACGGUGUUUUUCCGGAUGCUCCCGAUCCGGUAUGGGAGCAUCACGGACCUAAGUAUGAGUGGUUGCUAAAUUUCCGGAUCCAGAACUUCCGGGCGCCGUUGACUGCGGAACAGAUCACUCGGAGCCUCGAGGCCUACUUACUGUGGCUUUUCGGCAAGGUGAUGUUCACGGAGAACCAUGUCACCACUAUUAGCGCCCUCUACAUCCCUAUGGCACUCGAGAUAGCGAGCGCUCAGACGGCGGAUCAGAUCAGACAGAGGAGUUGGGGUUCGGCGGUGUUAGCGGCUACAUACCGAGGUAUGUGCAACGGUUGCCAGCUUACAUCGAGAAAGCCAGCCCUUCUUGGAUGCCCUCUAUUCCUACAGCUGUGGUCGUGGGAGAGGUUCUCUAUAGGGCGACCAGAUGUACGUGUUCAUGAGCCUAUAGACGCCAUGUUUGAUGUUGACGGCAUCGACAUGCCUACUUUCGGUCUGUGUUGGACUCGUCGCAAGGUAUGCACCGUGUUGUAGU